GCUGGUCCUUUGGUUCUACUGACUGAUUCCACCUUAUUAAGGAUCCAAUGGUGAAGUUGCCCUCCAAAUCUGAUUUAUGCUGUCAUUGUUUUGUAGAUACAAUGAGGAGUCUGUGGAGUACUAUGUUACGUGUCAUAUUCAUUGCAAAUUUGCUCAUUUCUGAGAAUUGCUUGUCGGCUCCUGUGCAGCAGCAUCAGGUGCCUGCUCCAUCUAACUGCCAGGAUGAGGUGCUGUGGCUGCGGUCCCAACUGCUCUCAUUGGAGGAGAGUCUGCUAUCCCAUCGCCAGUACAUCCAGCAACUCCAUGACCAGCUGAGUCAGGCCAGCACAGAUCAGCAGCACGGAUCUGCUGUUCCCCAAAGCCCAAACAUCCAGACCCAGCCAGGCAAUCAAACAGAGUACACAGACUGCUCACAGGUGUUUGAGGAUGGCAAUCUGGUCAGCGGUGUGUACAGGGUCAAACCAAAAGGGUCCCCUUUAACCGUCAUGGUGUUCUGUGACAUGAGUGAUGGGGGAGGCUGGACGGUGUUUCAGAGGAGGAAAGAUGGACAUGAGUCCUUUGACAGGACCUGGGUAGAGUAUAAGCAUGGUUUUGGGGAUCUCCUCUCCAAUGAUGGGGAGUUUUGGUUGGGGAAUGACCCCUUACACUACCUCACAUCACAGGGCAAUUAUAAACUCAAGGUAAAAUUGGAGGAUUAUGGUGGUAUCCCACGCUUUGCUGAGUACAAAAACGUUCACGUGGGAGAUGAAAAGGAUGACUAUGAAUUGCAGGUGGGCAAUUACAGUGGGAAUGCAGGUGAUGCUUUGGCUGAUGCACACCCCAACUCUAGCAGCCAGUGGUAUGACCCACAGGGUAAUGGCCACCAAGGAGUGAAGUUCAGCACGUACGACCAUAACAACCAUGGGAAGGAUCCAGAGUGUGUUCGCCAGGAUAAGUCUGGCUGGUGGUCCAGCAGGUGUCACUCUGGUAAUUUGAAUGGCCAUCACUAUAACGGCCCCUACCAGGCUGUGACAGAUGAUGGGCUGGUGUGGUACACCUGGCACGGCUACUGGUACACCAUCAAGUCUGUGGUCAUGAUGAUCCGGCCAGAAGGCCUGGAAGAGCCAGAAGCAGGGCAUGAACAGAGCUAACAGAAAACAGCAAAAGGUCAAGCACUGCAUUAGUCAGAUAGUUAAUAAACUAACCCUGCAUCAACACUGGGUGAAUGUGUUUUUCAAACAAAUGAUAUUCAUAUACUCUCCUGAGUUCAGUGACUCAAAUGGACUCGGUAAAAUGACAACUUAUUACUACAGUAAAAUGCAACGAGUUAUGUCCUCCAUACACACACCACUGAAAACUAAAAUGAACUCCUCAAAUGGCAGCAUAAGCCUCUUUGGCACAUAAUGUUUGGAAGGGUAUUUCAUGGUUGUAGGACAGGAGGCUCUGCCUGUUUAUUGACAUUUAAGUUGUCA